AUGUCUUCGGUCUGGAACCCCGACAAUGUACGCGACGUGGCCGAAUCUGUGGGCAUCGCCUCACUCGCCGACAAUGUGGUAGAAGAGCUGGCACGCGACGUCGACUUCCGUUUGGCCCAAGUGCUGGAGGAAGCUCUCAAGUUCAUGCGGCACGGGAAGCGGACGACACUGAGCACACAGGACAUAUCCAAUGCCUUGAAGGUCCUCAACGUGGAGCCCCUCUACGGCUACGAAUCUACCCGCCCGCUGCGCUUCGGCGAGGCUUCGCUGGGCCCUGGCCAGCCUUUGUACUAUGUCGAGGAUGAAGAAGUCGAUUUCGAGAAGCUCAUCAACGCCCCACUGCCCAAGGUCCCACGAGAGAUUACCUUCACCGCACACUGGCUCGCUGUCGAAGGUGUUCAGCCUUCAAUACCUCAGAACCCAAACACAAAUACAGGCGAUCUCCUGCCCAAGGGCCCCAACGCAAAUCCACACCUGGCUGCUGCCAAUGGCCUCGACAACGUCAACGUCAAGCCGCUGGUCAAACACGUCUUGUCCAAAGAAUCCCAAGAGCUGUUCAACAAGCUUUCGGGCGCCCUCAUCGACGAAACCAACAUUGAGUGGCAGAAUGCAGCACUCGCAGCCAUCUCGACAGAGCCCGGCAUUCACCAGUUGACAACAUACCUGCUCAGCUUUAUUGCCGAAAAGGUCACACACAACAUGAAAAACCUAUUCAUAUUGACUCAGAUGAUGCGCGCUGCAGAAGCCUUGCUGAAGAACCAGGCCAUCUACCUCGAUCCGUACGUCGCAUACAUGGUACCACCCAUCCUAACAUGCUGCACUGGCGGCAAAGUAGGGCCAGCAAACCCAGCACCAUCCAACGCUUCUUCGGAAACGCUCAACGGGGUUAUGCCCGACCACAACCGCGCUAGCCAAGAUGCCUUUUAUCUGCGAACUCUUGCAGCGCAUCUACUCAAAGAUAUCUGUAGGAAGCACGCGUCGUCGAAUCAAGGACUCAAGUCACGGAUUGCGCGCACCUGUCUCAAGCAAUUCAUGGACCCCGACAAGUCGGUUGGGACGCACUUUGGUGCAUUACAAGCACUCCUCUUGGUCCUGGGUGCCGGCGACGCACUAAGGGGGCUCAUCUUACCCAACAUUAAGAUGUACAAUGAUGACUUCCUUUCUAAAAAGCUCGCCGACGAAAGCACAAGGCACGACGCCGAGAUUCUUCUUGCAGUGCUUGUGGGCUCUUUCCCAGCUCUGGUACCCAAGAGCAUGAGGGAGAAGAAACAGAGAGAGCAACAGCAAGGAACAUACAACGCGCCAAAUCUCGAUGACCUCCGGGAGCAACUGGUCAACAAGGUCGGCAAUCUUGUAGCUGCGUAUAUGAUUCAGAAGGGAAUGGACCUGGAGGUACAGGAGAUUUUGCGGAAGGACUUUGAUAUUUGA